AUGUGUGUGUGUGCGCUGCUGCUGCUGUUAGCGGUUUUACCGACACUCGCAGGUCCCGCGGGUCCGUCCUUCUCCGUCCGUCAACAGAGGUCGGUGGUGGGUCGUGUUGGAGAAGUCGCGGAGCUCAAGUGUCGCGUUACCAGGCUGGGCGACAGAGUGGUAUCUUGGGUGCGUUCGAGUGACCUUCAAAUAUUGACUCACGCUGGAGCGGUGUUCACGGCCGACUCACGAGUCUCAUGUUCCGAGGCUCCUUAUAACAGUGACCUUGAGGAGGUCGAUGACCCCACCGGAGACCUGUCUCUGUACAGAGGAGGCAUCCUGACGUCACGAGAUGACUCCUGGAACACCGCGGGGAGCGUUCACACCUUGAAGAUUGAGAGGCUUCGAGUCAGCGACUCUGGCAGAUACGAGUGUCAGAUCAACACAGAACCAAAGUUGAGUCUGUUCUUCAACCUGACAGUUGUAGAAACAUCUCUACCGUCGGUGGUGGUGCGAACUCUGAACACUGAUCCCGGUGACGUGGUGUGGGUGGUCGGGGAGGGGGAGGCUCGUGGAGCUCGACUCACGUGUGAGGCUCGCUAUGAACCUGCAGCAGGCUCCGUGCUACAGGACGAGGUGCUGGCAGCCCUGCCACCGCUGAGGAUCACUUGGAAACACGAAGGGGAAACGAUCGACCCACAAAGUCCACGCGGAGGUAUCUCCUUGGACUCGGAGCGCUGGUCGGGGCGGGUUGUGUCUCGACUGACCCUGGCGCAUGUGACGACUCGUGACGCUGGCCGGUACUGGUGCGGAGUAGGAGACACAGGGGCUGUGACACAACUCAGGUUGAAACACGACCAGGAGAUAGAACCUGAAGUCGGUGAGUUGGAGUGGAUGCAGCGUGACCAGGCCGUCGCUCGUGUGAGCGGGGGCGGCUGUAUCAAAGACAGGAGCCUCCUAGCGGCUGUGGGGCGGACACUGGGCUCGCUGGUCAUCAUGAUGAUGAUGAAGCUCCUCACGUGA